UCGUAAUCUCGCGAAAGAGCCUACAACAAUAAUUUGUACAUCAUUAGAAUAAUAAUAAUAUCAUCAUUCAUUAUUUAUUAUUGUCGUGUGCUCGAGCAUAAUAUUAUUUUAAAACGUUAUGAUUUUUAAUACGCAGAUACCACAAGCAAUGCACUACCGUUGUUAUCAGUAAUAAAUAUUUAUCAUCGUGACAUCGUUUCACACUUUGUGCGCCCGUCCGUUUGCGUACAAUAUCAACAAUAAUAUAGGUAGGUACAUGUUAAACGCACCUACGUAAUUGAUCGAAUCGUCGCCGUCGUAAUCAUCAUCGUCUCGCCACGGUAAUUUAUCUCGUCCGUUUUAAUUGAUUUCCGUCUCGAGAUGUGGCGCACGAAUAACGUCGACUAGAGCGACGCCGCAGAAAUCGUUUUUGAGCAGAUAUAUAUUUCUAAUGCAAUAAGAAAACAUUACUUAAAAUGGCCGGAGGAACUAGCUUAGUAGUUCCAAUAGUUUUAUGGGGUAAGACUCCUUUAACACAUUGCAUUUCAUGUGUUUACUUAUCCCCGGAUCAGCGAACGCUAGUUACUGGAUGUUAUGAUGGGCAAAUAUGUCUUUGGGCAGUAUCUCCAGAAACUUUAAAGAUGACUCCAAGAUGUUUACUAGUUGGUCAUACAGCUCCAGUUCUAUGCCUAGCACACGCCAGUAUUAUUGCUGAUAAUGCAUUCUUUGUUAGUUCAUCAGAAAAUGGUGAAAUGAGUACUUGGGAUAUAGUUGACGGAAAAUGUAGAGAAGUUACUAAAUCAAUUUAUAUUCAUACAAAUAUUCAGGCUUACCGUAUGGUUGGAACAGAAGAUGUACGUUUAUUCUGCAAUGGUUAUUAUGCUGAGGUCAUUAUUAUGAACCCAUUUACAUUGGAAAUUAUUUUUUCUCUAUCAUCACGUGUCAAUCCAGACUGGAUUAGUGCUCUAUAUGUAUUGAAACCUCAUACGUGCAAAGAUGAUGUUGUUUUGGGAUUGACUACAACGGGAACAGUAAAAGUGUGGACUUUAGAGCCAAGAGAUUAUGGACCUACUGAUAUAUCAGUAUUCGAAAAUGAAAGUAAACAAAUUAGAUGCCUUAAUGCUUUAACUAUGGCUUGCUGUUCUCAACAUCAAAGAACCGUGUUAAUUGUUUGUUCAAAAUGCUGGCAGAUUUAUGAUGCUGGUGAUUUCUCAGCUCUAUGUACAGUCUAUGCACCUAGAGGAGAACGUUGGUUGGGUGGAGAAUUUUUAGCACCUGAUCGCGUUCUUAUUUGGACAGAUGAUGGAAAAGGCUAUCUAUAUAAACUACCAGCAAAUAGUAUCGUUGAAAAUAAAAAUUUCCAUAAGCAAGCUGAGGAUGGUGAUAUUCCCUAUUUGUACAGUUUAUUAUCAGUAACCUCAAAUACGCACUUAUAUUGUUCUCCAGCUAUUCGCUUUUAUGAAUCAUUACAGCAUGGAAAAAUAUUGAUAAGAGGUGAUUCAGAAGGAGCUGUUAAUAUAUGGAAAAUUCCUGAACUUUCUCCAGCUCAACUAUCAGUUAUAAAAGAAAAUGAUUCUCAUAAAAAAUUAAUUGGUCUUUCUCCAUUUGUGUGUACAAGUUUAUCUAAGGCCUGGGAAUCUAUGAAACCCAAUCCUGUUGGAAUUCUCAACCAAUUGGACUGUGAAAAUGUUCCAAAUAUAAAGUUGACUGCUAGUAUAUACUUGGCAGGUCAAAGUCGUUUAGUCAUUGGUCGUCAAGAUGGUUCUAUCAUUAUCAUUCCAGCAACUCAAACAGUGAUGUUGCAAUUAUUACAUGGAAAUCAUCAACAUUACAAAGACUGGCCACCUCAUCAGAUUUUACUGGGCCAUAAUGGUCGAGUCAAUUGUUUGCUCUACCCACAUCAUAUGCAUCCUAGAUAUGAUAAGUCUCAUUUAUUAUCCGGAGGUGUAGAUUUUGCUAUAUGUUUGUGGGACUUAUAUGCUGGAACAUUGCUACAUAGAUUUUGUGUUCAUGCUGGGGAAAUAACACAACUUUUAGUCCCACCUAAUACAUGUGCUAAUCCUAGAAUAUUGAAAUGCAUUUGCUCAGUUGCAAGCGAUCAUUCCGUUACUUUGUUAAGUUUGUCUGAACGUAAAUGUGUGGUAUUAGCAUCCAGACAUUUAUUUCCUGUUGUUACAAUUAAAUGGCGUCCUUUAGAUGAUUUCAUGAUUGUUGGUUGUUCUGAUGCCACUGUUUAUGUUUGGCAAAUGGAAACUGGUCACUUGGAUAGAGUAUUACAUGGAAUUAGUGGAGAGCAAGUUCUAUAUGCAUGUGAUGAAAACACAACCAUAUCUAGUACAGUAGAUUCAGGUCUAGCUAAUCCUGCUGUACAUUUCUUCAGAGGAUUACGUCAUCGUAAUAUAAGUGCUAUUAAACAUGCAACACAGAGAGGAAUACAUCAAUUGCAACAAUUACAUCAUUCAGCUCAUUCUGAUGGCAUAGAUCAUAGUAAGACAAGAGCUUACCCGUUAAUGGUACAGGGACUUCGGACUAACCCUAAUGAUCCAGAAUGUCAUAUCUUAUGUUUCGAUAUUGAAGCACUAGUUGUUCAACUGUUGAGUGAGGAGUAUGGGUUGAUGUCACCAAAAACAAUGGAAGCUCAGGGUUUGAUAAAUGCAACAGAAUUUCAAAAAAUAACUGCUUUAACACAAUCUGUAUCAUCUGAUGCUCAUAAAAAAAUUGCAGACUUUUUUGGAAAAGUUAAGGACAAAGCCGACAAUAUGGAACGCAUUUUGAAAGAAAAAGAUAAACAUGGAAUUUUACCUAAAAGGAAGGAUGGUUCUGAAACUAUACUAACAAAACUACAAUCUGUUAUUGACGGUUUUGAUAGCAAAUCUAACGAUAAAGGAUUGAAUCUUAGCGGAGUAGUAUGUCGUAAAGUAUGUGGUGCAAAUUUGACGAUGGAGAUUGCACAAUUGUUGAUGUCAUUAUUAUACGCAUGGGGUUUAGAUUUCGAAAUAGACAAAAUUUGUGAAACUAAACUUGGAUUGUUACGUCCAAUGAUUCCUGUAUCAUUUGGUGUUAUUUCAAAAGGAGGUUUUAUGAGCUUAUUGUUACCUACAUGGCAAAGUAGUGUUGAUCUUGAAGAUAAUUAUGUCAAGUCCAGCAAUGGCCCGUUGAUGGAUUUACCACCAGAAAUGGUUCGGCUUGAAUUACUGACUAGGCUUUUUACUGCAAGAACUCACUGGGAAGUAAGCACUACAGUAACUAGUCAGCAUUUACUUGCUAUAGUGGCUAUAGCUAAUACACUAAUAUCUAUGAAUGCUCCAUGUUUCCUUGAAAACACAUUCUCAAGGCAACAAUCUGUGAAAAGUCGUUCAGAGGAAGGAAACGGAGAACAAAGUACUUCACAGGUUGCUUUUAUCAAACAAGGAUGGGCACAACUAAAAACAUUACAUUGUAAAUCAUUACCUGAAAAAGUUGUUAAUCAUGGUUCAAAGAGUUACAAACGCAUUCAAAUUGAAAUGUUGGCACACCGUUGGCAACAUCAUUGUUUAGAGGUGCGAACAGCAGCUCAAGAAUUGCUAUUAGCUGAAUUGGAAAGAAUUGGACCUAAAGGUCGUAAAACUUUGGUAGAAUUCUGGGUUCAAUAUUUACCAGUAAGCAACAAUAACGGUAGCAUGAAACCUACUGCAGUUAGCUCUAAUAAUUUAACCAAUCUAAACAUUAAUGAAAAUGCUGAAUCAUCUGCAAACAUUCAAGAUGACGAUGACGACGAUGAAGAAGAAGAUCUAUGUUUAAGAAAACCAUCAUCUGUAAGUGAAUUACGUCGUAAACAGAUGACAGCUGUAAUUUUGAUGGGUGUGAUGGGAGCUGAGUUUGGCCAGGAAGUUAAUGCAUCCGAUAAUGUUAGUACAUCAAGCCGUUCAAAUUCUGGAACCUCCUCUGUUAGAAGAAAAAGUUCAAUUGUGGAAGGUUUUGGCAUAGGAAAUAAUAAUUUAUCAAGAUUAACAAGUUUGGCUUUAACUCAAUUGCUUUUAACACCGUCCUCUAUCAAAUUGCCUGCUCACAUGGCACUGCGAAGAGCAGCAGUAGAUUUAAUUGGCCGUGGUUUUGCUGUAUGGGAACCGUAUUUUGAUGUCAGCAAAGUGUUAUUAGGGAUAUUAGAAUUAUGCUGUGACAAUGAUAAACUGGUUCCUAGCAUGUCUUAUGGGUUACCAUUGACACCUUCUGCUGAUUCAUACCGAACUGCUCGUCAUGCACUCAUAUCAAUAGCAAAUGUCCGCCCUGCUGUAUUCAUAACAACUAUUGCCAGAGAGGUGGCUCGUUACAAUAGUAUGCAACAGAAUACUCAAGCGAUGAAUAUGGCUAUAAGUAAUUCAGUUUUGCAUAGAGCAAAACCAGAAAUUUUAUCUAUUGUGGAACAUUUAAUUGAUAAAAUGCAUGUUGAAAUGACAGAUUUAUUAGUCGAGGUAAUGGACAUCAUACUGCAUUGUGUUGAUCCAACACAGCUAAAAACUCGUCCUCUAUCUGAGAUAUCACCAGGAAUUAGCAAAUUCAGCCAGGUGACCCAUUGUUCAACAUCCAGACGUAUAGCUGUUGGUACUAAAAAUGGCACAAUUGCAUUAUAUGAAUUGCGAUCGUCCAAAUGCCAGACCAUUAAUGCACACACUGCAGCUAUCUGUGCAUGUGCAUUUUCACCAGAUGGCAAAUUCCUUGUGUCAUACAGUGCAGCAGAAAAUAAAUUAUCCUUCUGGCAAACGUCUACUGGUAUGUUUGGUUUAGGCAACAGUCAAACCAAAUGCACUAAGUCAUAUAGCACUCAGAAAAAGGAUUCAACUCGUGCGAGUCAACUGCGGCAAAUUAAGUUGCACUGGGCAAGUAACCGCAGUGUUCGCUUUUUUUCAGAUGGUUUAGAAACUACGUUUGUCAUUUAAAUUGUAAAUUCAAUUUAAAUACAAAUUAAGUAUUGUUCCAUUCAUCAUGUAAACAAUUUCACUAAAUCGAUAGGAUUUUGCUAACAAUACAUUUUCAAUGGUUUUAUUAUUUUGGCUUAAUAUUAUAGUGUAAUCAAUUUAUUUUAAUUUAGUAUUUAACUGCAUAUUAUUAUAUGCAUUAUUAUUGUUAUUAUAUACCUAUUUGUCUUUGUAGUUUUUAAGUUUUUUUUUUUUUUUUUAGUUCAAACUUUCAAAUGUUUACAUAUUAUUGAUCCAUUUUAUUUUGAUAGUCCACUAGGACAUCAUAUUAUCUAUUUAGACAUCAAUUUUGUUAUUCAAUUAUAUUUUUACAUCUUGAUUUCUUUCAGCUAUGUAAUGUUUUUAAAAUGUAAUCCCUCAUGUUAAUUUAUUAUUAUUAUUGUUCUAUUUAAUUAAAGUUAUCUUAUUAUGUAGUUGUAUUAUAGAUCUCAUAUGUGAUGAUUUUUUUUUUUUUUUUUAAUUAUAGUAUAGAAUAUAGAAUGUAUGUCACUUAAAUUAAUUAUUAUUAUUAGGUCAAGGAUUUAGAUGCAAUAAAAAAAUGUAUAAUAUACAAUUAGCUUACUAAAUAUAUGCAAAAAUAUGCAAUAAUAUCAUAAACGCCAAAAAAUAUGAAGUAUAAAAUUAAAAAAAAAUUGAUACGUUUUAAAAUUAAUAAAAUAUUAUUCUUGACUAACAUUAUUUAAAUAUAUUACAAAAAACAAUUACAUGUUUUAAAUUUUCAAAAUUGAAUGAUCCUCUGUUAGAUAUUUAUGUAUUCUUAUAUUUACUAAAACGCCCUUCAUUAUCACAAGAAGUAAAAACAUUUAGUAAUGAAAUAUACUAUAGAUCAUGUAUUUUUCAUGUUAACCUUCCAAAAUAUGCAAAACAAAUACAGCAUCAUUUACAUCUUUUUGAAGUGAUUUGUAGACAUAACUGACAAAAACAAUAAUCAGUAGUCACAAAAAAAACAUAUUGUUGCAUUUAAAUUUUAGUCCUAAUUAUUAUAUACUGAAUAUCAUUAACCAUGUGUCAUAAAAUUGAAAUGAAAAUUAAUACCAUUUAUACAAUAAUUAAGUAGAGUUAUUAAGGUAUAGAAAAUUAUUUAUAAAAUAUUCUAAAUGAUUGUCUAAUAUUAAAAAUAUUGAAAUUAUUAUAAUUAUUAUUUUUAUUUUAAAUUUUAUCAUUAAUUUAAAAAAUAAUUUUUAUACAUAAAUAUUAAAUUCUAUUAACAAAUUUUAAAAUGUGGACAUUUUUGGUUUUUAAAAGUUUUUAAUUAACUGAACUGAAACAGCAAAGAUGUAUUUUUGGGCAACUUUUUACACAACUUUACAAUAUUUCCAAUUAGUGAACAUUUUUAACAUCUACUGUUAUUAUUUUUUUUCUAAUCAUUUCUUUUUUUCAAGUAACAUUUCAAAGCAAAUAUUUUUCACAGUUUUUAAUUUUAUUACAUAAAAUAUUGAGUUAUUUAUAAUUAUUAACAUUUAAUAAGCACAGGUUAAGUUUUAUGUUUGAUUUUUUUGUUAAUAGAUCCAAUUUAUUUUAAUCUGACAUAAAAUUAAAUUGUUAUCAAUAUUAUGUAUUUAUUUUAUAUUUCAUAAAUAAGUAGACAAUGAUGUAUUGAUGUAUCACCACUUUAAAUAUAUUAAUAUAUGAAUUGUGCAUUCCACAUACUUUGCCAUAAGUUACCUAGUGUUUGAUAGGGAUAAUCUGUGCAUACCAAAUAUAUCUAAAUUAUGCAAUCCUGUGAAUAAGACUUUAAGUGUAUUCUAUCUUUUUCUAACAAUGUUUUUCGCCUUUCUUCUUUGCAAUUACUCCAUUUCUUUUUAGGUCAAUGAUCAUUUCAAAUCUACUCUAUUCUGUCUAAUUUAUCAAAAUAGUGUAAAUUUGUGAUAGUUUUAAAGAUAAUUUUUUUUUAAUGUAAUAGUAUCGUGGCAAUCUUUGUGAUAUGUUCAGUUUUUUAAUUGUUUUUUUUUUUUUUUUUUUUUAUAUAUAUGUAGAAUUAUGAUAUUUUUCAUAUGGUUUUUAUGUUACAAUAAUCAUUAAUCAAAUAUUAAAUUGUUAUUGAUAAACAUAAUGGUAUUAUAAUCACACAACACCUAAAAAUGUACAUAACCCCAUUAUGAUUGAUAGCAAACGAGAUAACUUUAUCCUUAGCUUCUUUUUUCAUUCAAAUAUUUCAUAGGUUUUAUAUAUUAUUAUUAUAAACUUAAUUUGAAUGAUGAACUUACUAAAAUAAGUCUUUUAACGACAUUGUUAAUGUCCACUGCAUGAUUGGGUCAUAAGAUUCCAAAAUAUCACUAUAUAGUAUAUUAAUACUUAUAUGCUGUUGCUAUUCAUUUAAUCAAUAAGGAUUGUUAAAAGUGUUGUUAUUAAGUAGCUUGAAUGUGUGGGAGUCGUGCUUAUUUAUUUUGUCAUAUGUAUUUACCAUUAACAAUAUUACCAUAAUAGUUAUUAUUAUUAUUUAUUAUUAUAUAUUAAAAAGUAUUGUACCUAUUGGUUUAGAAUUUUAAUUCAGAAGAAAAAAAUUACGUACCUAACACAUAACUUAAGAUUUUUUAAAUAUGUGUCAAUAAUAUAUUACACUUGUUAUUCUAUAAUAAAUCACACUUUAAAUUUUA